AUGGUCAACUUCACUUUGGUCAAUGAAAACCUACAAGUCGCAAUCGACGUGUCAGGCAAUGGUCAACUACCAUGGCCCGCAUCAACUAAACCCAACUCUUCCACUCGCUUCCACGGCAUCACACUCUUCUUAACCUCCGAGUCGCACAACUUCACCAUCUCCAACGGCACAAAGCCCGCAUCCAACACUAGCUACGUGGGUCCCGUCUUGGACCUGGAGCCCUCAUCCACCGUCAAACAUGUGAACUGGAUUUGGCCCGAGUGUCUCGUGGGAGACGGCCCUGGCUCAAAGGAAUCGGCACGCGGGGCAUACAACAUCUCCAUGCACCAAUCUUUCCGCUGGAAUGGGGCCGACUAUUAUACUGUCUUUGACCUGCCGAUCUCCGUGACCAACAGUAUAUCCAAGAGUGAUGAUCGGAUCAACUGCGAUUUGCUAGAGAACAAGCUUCUUAGCGCGGCGGAAAUCAGCGAGAGCUCGGAUUCGCUGCCUGGGCAGCCGUGGGUUAAGGAUGGAGCCAGUGCGACAGUAUCUAGUGCCGGGGCAACUCAGACGGGGGCGGCUCCCCCAGCUCUCGCACUUUCCAUGACGAUUCUAUCCGCCUCCCGACGAGGCCUCCGGUACCGCAUCGCACGAGCUCUGAUCAUAAUCUUCACGAUAUGGAAUCUGGCCGAAAUUCAUCUGAUUCGGCACCGAAUUUAUGACGCUGUCCCCCGACACCGGCCGCAGAACAAAGAACGAAUUUACAUCGCAAGCAUCCACUGGAACAAUGAGCUCGUUCUACGCAGUCACUGGAGCAAGGCACUCACACAGCUGGUCUUGGAGCUUCAUCCGGAAAAUGUUUUCAUUAGCAUGUACGAAAGUGGGAGCUAUGACAACACGAAAGACGCGUUAAGAGAACUAGACUGGAAACUUGAGCGGAUGCGGGUGCCACGGAAUAUUACUAUUUCACCUGUUACACAUGAAGAUGAAAUGGCCACCCCUGUGAGGGAAGACGGCUGGAUUCGUACUCCCAAUGGGAAGAAACGACCAAGGCGAGUGCCGUAUCUAGCGCGGAUACGGAACUUGAGCUUGCUGCCUCUGCAGGAUCUUGCAAGGCAAGGCAUCACUUUUGAUAAAAUCCUAUUUCUGAAUGACGUCGUGUUCACGGUUCAUUUGAAACAGCUACCUUUUGUUGAAUGA